AUGUUUAUAGCAAUACUUAUUUAGGAAAAUACUUAUUUGUUGUUUACAAUACGUCAAGAAAGAGUUCUGCCGCUAGUACGCUUAAGCCUUAUAUGGAAGUGAAGUUGCUGGCUGAGAUUCUACCGGAUAUACGUAAGCGUUCGUGCGUAGAGUCUAUUGCCUUUUUUAUUCCGUGGUGGAAAUGGGCUUCGGUAGACUGGACUAUUUACAUCUCUUAAAAGUUUGUUGGUAAUCUUCACCAGCUACAUAUUUUGUCUUUCUUUCUUGGUAGAGGUCACUCCCCCCAAAAGCGGAACUAUCGAACGAACAGCUGAUACCAUCCUGCUGUGCUUCUGCACGGAGCGUAAACACUGAGACACUCGCUGUCAUCUUCAAACAUGUGGUGGUUUUUGCCUUGUAUCCUCGGCUUCAUCAGACUCUAUUUAGACGGCGUCAAAGUUCUUUUAUACCAGCUUUUCAACAGAUCGUUCACCCUGCCAGCUGGGAAUGAGGAACAGGAAGGUUUGGCCGCAGUGAAGAAGAUUCGUGAAGAGUUGAAUCAGGGAAAAGUGGAGUUCAUGUACCUGGAUUUGGCUUCUCUGACAUCUGUGCGGCUGUUUGUCCAGAGAUAUAGAGCCAAAGGUUUGCCUCUACACGUCCUUGUCAAUAAUGCUGGUGUUAUGCUUGUUCCGGAGAGGAGAACAGAGGAUGGAUUUGAGCUGCACUUUGGGCUAAACUACCUGGGCCAUUUCCUGUUGACAAUCCUGUUGCUGGAUGUGCUGAAGAAGUCAGGCAAACCUGGGAAAUUUUCCCGAAUAGUCAUUAUGUCUUCAGCUACCCACUAUGGAGGAAGAUUAACUCUGGAUGACUUGCAGGGAAGGGUGUGUUAUAGUGCUCAUGGUGCAUACGCCCAGAGUAAACUGGCCCUGCUGCUGUUCUCCUACCACCUGCAGAACCUGUUGUGGGUCAGAGGUGACCCUGUAACAGUUAAUGCAGUGGACCCAGGCAUGGUGGACACAGCCCUGUAUGGCAAUCUGUCUAGCCUAGCCCAGCUGGCCAAGAAACCUUUCGCUAAACUGCUCUUCAGGACGCCUGCAGAAGGAGCAUCCACAGCCAUCUACGCUGCAGCUGCCUCCGAGCUGGAGGGGAUCGGAGGACUGUAUCUGUACAACGGACGCAAGACGGAGUCUUCAGCACUUUCUUAUGACGAACGGCUGCAAAACAAGUUGUGGAAAGAAAGCAGAAACCUUGUGGCUCCUGUAGUUUAA